CGCAGGCAGCGCCACUACUCUUCACUCCUGCCUCUCACACACAGAGACUGACCUGACUCAGCCUUGCCUAAGCAGUCAGCGAGUUUCACAGCCUUCAGCCUUUGCCGGCAAAGAAAAGAGGCGAAUCAAAGAUGUCUUCUUACGUAUCUUCGGACUGCCACCGCGUCAGCCCCUCCGUCCACGGGAACAAGUUCGACACGGCGCACCGCAAGAAAGCCGCGGCUAACAUCUUCGAGAACGUGAACCAGGACGCGCUGAUGAAGCUGUUUCAGAAAACCGGAGACAUGAAGGCGGAGGAGAGGGUGAGGAGCAUCUUCUCUUUCGCCCACGAUCCCGAGGAAACGUCCAAGGCUCUGAUGGCGCUGAAACAGAGGAAGAAGGACAAGUUCAUGCAGAUCGCGCGCAUGGUGAGGCAGCUCCUGAAACUGCAUUGACUCUGACCGCCCAAACGGCUCUGGCUGAGCCGACGUUACGUUUUUGCGACAAGAUGCGAGUGAGUCGAAAUCGACUGCUAAGGAUGCUGCUUCGACGAAGGAUCAAGACAAUGCCUGGAGAUGAUCGCUACGAACUGUUACAAAACUGUUUGGUUAUGGUGCUACGGGGCAAGAGGACAAGCCGGUCCCGUGUGGAUCCCGGAUAGCCUGUUCUGAGGGAGACAACAGAUGGACAGAACGCUGAGCUUUUAAUACGGGUUAUUUUCCCGAAAACACUGCAACCAGGAUACAUGCACAAACUAGCCAGCCUGACGGCUUCUCCUUGACUGUAUGCAUUUGUUUGAAUGCGUUGACUUCAAUUUGCACCUUAUAGGUGCACAAGCUUUGCUGGUGCACACAAUAUAUUGAGACUGGUGCCGAAGAAAUCGCCUGAAAAUGCCUCAUUACCUACUUUGAAAUCGUUUGAUGCCUUGUCUCUGUACCAGUUUAAAAUUGUGAUACCUGUUUAACACGAAUUAGUGGCCACUAAUUUAUUUUUCAGCAAAUGUUAUGGUAGAAAAUAUCAUGCAUUUAAUGUGUUUGCAAUUUCAUUAAUAAAUUAUUAUUUUACUGAAAAA